GUUUCUCUCCCUCCAGCAGCCCAGCCACCCCCAGCCCCAGAUGGUAGAGCUCCUCACACGACUCGCGACCGCCCCGGGUUCCAAUCCUUCCUCGGCCACCUCCUCCUACUUCUCCCACACCUCUGGUGGCUCGCACAGCUCGCAGGGGCAAGGUCAGGGUCAAGGUCAGGGCCACGGUCAGGGCCACGGUCAGGGUCAGGGUCAAGGCCAAGGCCAAAGCCUCAGCUAUGUGGAAACGCUCCUCCAAAGCAUCUAUGAGCAAUAUCAGCAACAGCAACAGCAACAGCAACAGCAACAGCAACAGCAACAGCAACAGCAACAGCAACAGCAGAACAGCAGUGGCCAACAGCAGCACAACGGUCACAGUCAUGGAUAUCAGCAGCAUGGCAGCCAACAGCAACAGCAAAACAGCAGUGGCUACACUCAACAACAGGGAAAUGGCUACACUCAGCAACAAGAAAAUGGCUACAUUCAACAACAAGGAAAUGGCUACACUCAACAACAAGAAAAUGGAUACACUCAACAACAGGGAAAUGGCUACACUCAACAACAGGGGAAUGGCUACACUCAACAACAGGGAAAUGGCUACACUCAACAACAGGGAAAUGGCUACACUCAACAACAAGGAAAUGGCUACACUCAACAACAAGAAAAUGGCUACACUCAACAACAAGGAAAUGGCUACACUCAACAACAGGAAAAUGGCUACACUCAACAAAACAGUGGCUACACUCAGCAACAAGGAAAUGGCUACACUCAGCAACAGGGAAAUGGCUACACUCCACAACAGGAAAAUGGCUACACUCCACAACAGGAAAAUGGCUACACCCAACAACAGGAAAAUGGCUACACUCAACAACAGGAAAAUGGCUACACUCAACUACAGGGAAAUGGCUACACUCAACAACAGGAAAAUGGCUACACUCAACAACAGGGAAAUGGCUACACUCAACAACAGGAAAAUGGCUACACUCAACAAGGCAGUGGCUACCAACAGCAACAAAACAGCUACCAACAGCACAGCGGAAGCUCCGAGGAGCAGGGUGAGUCUGGAGUGAGAGAAGAACAAAUGGCGGGAUAUCUGGAGGAACAGGAGGAGGAACAUGGACAUUUGGAAGGACAGAAGGAAGAAGAAGAAGAAGUGAGAGGCGGAGGUUACUACGGAGGGUAUGAGGAGAGUGAGGAGAGCGAUGAAAGUGACGAUGUGGCCCACAGCAAAGAUGACAGAGAUGAUGACAGUUAUGACGAUGACAGCGAUGACAGCAGCGAGUCUAAGGAUGACGACAGGAAAGGU